AAAUGAAGGAAGUAUCUUCUGCUGCAAAACUAGUUCAAAAUUUUAUAACCAAAGGUGAUAAAGGAAGUAAUCAAGCCAAAAUAGCACAACAGCCUAAGAGGAAGAUUUUAGAAAUUGGAGACAAGCAAAAUAGGGAGAAUUCAAUGGAAGGGAGAAAUAAAACACUUGUAGAAGUUGUUAUGAACCGGUCUUUGAGGUCUUUCCAUAACCAAGUGAGGAGUAAUAUUCAACUAGAAGAACAACCAAUUCCUAAAAAGAUGAAGAGCAAGGGAAAGUGUCCAGCAAUGGCUCUUGAUGCCUUUUUGCAUACAGAAGGAGUAGAAGUGGAAAGACAAGAGGAAGAUGACUUUGAGUCAUGUGGUGAGGAUGCUAGAGCUGCUGAAAAAGAACCAGCUAACUUGACAAACUCAAAAAAUAACUUAAAGCGUCCAGCAAUGACUCUUGAUUCUUUUUUGGGUGACCAAGGAAUUCAUGUGGAAAGAGAAGAGGAACAUAUUGAAGUUCCAACUACUGAGGAUGCUAGAUCUAGGCCAUCCCCGAAUAAUGGAGAAAAUGCUCAAUUCCCCUAUGAGGAAGAUUAUGUUGGUGAACAUGAAAGUGACAAUUUUGAUGUGGAAGGAGAUCAAGUUAUGGAAGAGGCUCAUGUAAAAGAUACUUCAACGGUUAAAAGGACUCGUGGAAAAACAAGAUGCUUAAAGAUUUAUGCAAGAACUUGGGAAGAAAGGGAAGAAGUGACUUUUGAUCAGGGAGCAGCCGUGGGGCCAACUCCUCAAAGAGUGAAGGAUUUAACUAAUUUUAUUGGAACAAUGGGAAGGAAUAGUGAUUUCAUUACCUUGAUGUACACUAAUUGGAAAGCUGUGCCUAAGCAUAUCAAAAAGCGCAUUUGGAAGUAUAUUAAUUCAAAGUUCAUUCUUCCAAAAUCUUCAAAGCUAUGGGUGAUGACUGGUGUUCAAGGAGCAUGGAAGCGUUACAAAACAAGAAUCAAGAAGAAGCAUUUUGAACCAUAUUCUGGAAAUAUUGAGAAUAUGUUGGUGAAUCGUCCUUUGGAAAUUCCAGAAAUACAAUUUUGGAAACUAAUUGUAUAUUGGAGUAUUCCAACUGUCAAAGCCAUGUGUGCUAUAAAUUCUGAAAAUCGCAAGAAGCAACAAUGGAGGCAUAAAAUGGGACCAAUCAAUUUUGCAAGAGUGCGUGUUGAUUUGCGUGAGAAAAAAGAGAACAAAGAGGAACCAAAUCAAGCUGAAAUGUUUGUUGCAACUCGGAAUGGACUAAAAGGAAAAACACUUGAUGUAGAAACACAGGCUGUUAUUGAUAAACUUGAUGAUCUCCAAGAAGGUGGAGAAACUCCUACUAAUGCAUUUCAAAAAGUUUUUGGUAAAGAGAAUCCAGGAAGAGUUCGAUGUUUUGGAAGAACUGUUACAAAAGCUUCUCUUAAGAAAAAUAAAGAAAUAGAUGAAAUAAAAAAACAAAGUGAAGAGAAGAUCACGCAAAAGUUCUCUCUUCAGGAUGCUUUAGAGGUGGACGUACCAGAGGAUUCAGAGGCGGAGGCGGCAGAUCCUCGUAGUGGCAAGGAAACUAGCCCCAAUGCCAAGUGUGUGGAACGAUAG